UUGACAUUUUGCUCACUGUAAAUUGUUUCUCAGUGGAAGAACAACGUCGAUUUUUUUUGCAGAAAAGUGGACAGUGAUUAAGUUUUGCUUGGAAAAACCAACGUGAUUUACUUCCCAAUGAAGUGCAGUGUACCCCAGUGUACAUCCGGCAAUGAGAAAGUGCCUAAUAAGUGUACAUUUCACAAAUUGCCCAAAGACAGGAUUUUAGCUGCAAAAUGGGUAAAACUGCUGAGCUUGAAGGUCAACAGUAAGAAUUACAAAUCCAUUCGCAUAUGCAGUGCCCAUUUUGCUGCUGAAGAUUAUUAUAAAGCCACCAAAAUCUAUUUGUUGCGGAAGGGUUCUAUUCCAAUGCCCCAGAAUUUAGAAGACAACAAUGAUAAUGAGGAAGAUGACGCUGAUGAGGAAAUUGAGAUGGACUAUGAAGAGAUACAUGAAGAAAAAAAUGGGAUGCAAGAUUCUGGUAUUGCUGAAGUACAAAGUUACUGCAAUGUAAACUAUUCUUUGAACAUGGAUGAUUUUAAUGAUGGAGGUGGCUUCUUGGCCAGCACAAUUAAUCAUGACCACAAUUACGUUCAACGCCAUCCAGCUGAAAAGAUAGAUUCCAUGGAUGUGGACCCUGAUGUUGAGAUGGAGAUACCCGAAAUACCUUCAAUAAAUCCAGAAACUUUCAAGUCACUUAAGAGACUACAGACCAAAUGCAAGAGGCAAUCGAAUUCUCUCAUGAAUGCCAAGGAAGUUAUUAAGGAAUUACGACAGAAAAAUCUCUUGAAUGAGGAAACAAUGGAAAAAUUGGACACCCUCACUGAGUUUCAAAAAGAACUCCUCAAUUUAACAUUGAAUAAGAAACGGUCAAAGCAAAUAUCGCCGGCCAUGAAAAAGUUUGCUUUGAACCUCAACUACUAUGGCCCUCAAGGAUACAACUAUGUGCGAAAAGAACUUGGGCAAAUGCUGCCUCAUUCUAGUACUAUCGCUAGAUGGUAUAAAUCGGUGGAUUCUGCUCCCGGAUUCAGCAGUGAGGCAUUGAAAGCUAUUCAGAAUGCGCAAGAGUUUGCAAAUCAUCAACUGUUCGUACAUCUUUCAUUCGAUGAAAUGAGCAUCAGAAAGCAGUCAGAAUGGGUGCGAGGAAAAAGAUAUGGCCAUGCAGAUUUUGGUAACGGAGACAACAGAGAGGAAGAGCUAGCCAGUGAGAUGCUCGUAUUCCUUGUGACAUGCAUAAACGCAGGCUGGAAAAUUCCACUGGGAUAUUUUCCCUGCCAUCGGCCAUCAGGAGAACAGAAAGCGAAUCUGCUGAAAAUGGCAAUUACCAAUCUUCAAGAAACCAAAGUUCGGCUAACAGGUGUUACAUGUGACGGGGCCCCAACCAAUUUAUCGGCCCUCAGAAUACUUGGUUGCCAUUGGGCAUAUCCCUCAACCAAAACAACCUUCACGGUUUCAAAUAAUUCUCAAGAAAAUCUGGCAUUUUACCCAGAUCCUGUUCACAUGAUUAAGCUUGUGCGUACCGCCAUUGCAGAGACUGGGCCAUUUGUGAAUGGGAAAGGAGAAAAAAUCGACUGGGUAUUCAUGCAAAGACUAGUUGAGCUGCAAGAAAAGGAAGGACUUCAUGCAGCCACUAAAAUUCGCAGAGCCCACAUUGAAUUUCGACGACAAAAAAUGAAAGUCCGUCAGACAAAACCAACGAACAUCAUUAAUUCCACGAAUAGGUCUCUGACCGAUGAUCAAGAAAACAAUGUCGAAGCUUUUGAAGAGUUCUGUGCCUUAAAUAUGCUAGAGCAUAUUUUGACUCUGCCAGAAUUAUCUCCUUACAAUCAGAAAGUGACUCAGUAUAUUGGGGGUUUCGUGACAAGGUCACUGCAAAAUGCACUAAAAUGUGAGGAGUGCAUAGAGUCACUGGAGGGAUCAUCUAACAGCAAUUCACUUAUAUGCGUGUUUCUUGCGGAAGAGAGUGGGCCAACGCCUGAGAAGAAGAAAAGGGAGCGUAAUAUCCCAGCAUCGGACCCAUUUGACAUCCCCGACCAAAGAUUUGUUAAACUCUAUCGGUUGAAUAAAAGUUUGGUUAGGGAGCUCAUAAUGGAGCUGAUACCAUUCAUGAAAGCCCCUUCUAGGGCUUCAUCUCUUGAUCCCAAGACGAGGGACGUAAGGAAAGAUAAAAAGCUCCUCAUUUUUCCACAGAUUUUUGCCGUAUUGCGGUUUUUCGCGUCGGGGUCGUACCAAUUGGACAUAGCGUGCAAUAAAUUUACUCCUAUGUCCCAGUCCAGUUUCAGCCGCAGCCUACACGAGGUUCUUAACGCAAUGGAGGCAUCAGGCCUCGCAAAGGAAAUCAUCAAAUUUCCAAGAAGCAUUGAAGAACUUAAUGAGGCUAGAAGAGACUUUUUCCAGGAAUACGGUUUUCCGGGUGUGGUGGGCUGUAUAGAUUGCACCCAUGUGGCAAUCAUAGCCCCCACCGAUUCCGCUACGCACCCGGAACACGUUUACAUUAAUCGCAAGCUGUACCACAGUGUAAAUGUACAGCUUAUCUGUGAUGUAAAAUUGAGAAUUAUUAACGUGAACGCGAGGUACUUAUAUUUAUUAUUAUUAUACAUAUACUAUAACACUAUUGUAGUGUACUAUAUUAUAACAGACAAAAUAAGAAAGUCAUCCCGGUCAUGUCUAAAAUUAAUAUCUUUUCUAUCUUUUCUAAGAUAUCCCGGCAGUACCCACGAUUCAUUCAUUUGGAACCAUAGUUCGGUUAAACCGUUUAUGGAAAAUUUGCACAAAGAUCAUCCAAACGAAUAUCAUCUCCUUGGCGAUUCCGGUUAUGCUCUUCGACCCUGGAUGAUGACUCCUUUCGGGAACCCCGCGUCAAAUUCCCCUGAGGAAAGAUUUAACAAUUACCAAACCGCGACACGCUCAAUAAUAGAGCGUGUUAACGGUAUUUUAAAAAGCCGAUUCCUGUGUUUACUGCGGCACAGAGUGCUGCAUUAUGAUCCCACAACGGUGUCCCGAAUUAUUACCACAUGUUGUAUUCUGCACAACAUGUGUGUUAACGCGAAUAUGGAAUUCGUGGCAGACGACGAAGAUGAUGAUGUGGAUUUUGGGAUAAUCGAUCCUGAUCCAAUCCCAAAUACUUCUGAAACACGUCGUGGAAACUGGGCAUUAGCCGAAGGACGGUGCAAGCAACAGAAUAUUGUUGAAAAUUAUUUUUCUUAUUAAAUAAGGCUCUAGACAUCAGAUGCCAAAAAUGAAUGUGCGCUGUUUUCGGAAAUUUUCGUGUUCUGCCUAUUUGUAAAAACUCGUUCUUUUUUAGAUUAUCUCGAAAUUAUCCUACUUUCCUUUUCGUUCAUUUUUGGAUAUUUUUGUAAAGCUAUUACUCCGCAAAAUUUCCACCUGCCACCCCCGGAGACUACUUUUCUCAACAAUUGUUCACGUUCUCAUUCUUUCACACCCCAAAUUUGGUUGAGCGAAAUUUAAUUUGUCAUGAUGUUUAAAAGAAGG